AUGUCAAUCAAGGUCGGUCGAGCACCAGAAAUAUUGCCUACAUUGGAGACCGCGCUCACGGCAGCGGUCACAUUGCGGACGCUGUCCGCCACACUUGACCUUGCGUUCUGCCGAGCAAAGCUUUGGCACGCUGCUGCGAUGCGCAAACUGGGGUUUACGAAGUUCACGUCGCUCAUGUCGUCGCCUGCAAUCCACGAAGUCAGUGAGAAGUUCAAGGCCCAUGCGAACAGUAGCACCUCGAUGUGGUAUACGGCGGAAAGGGGGGAUCUCGAGCGCGCACUCGCGGCCGUCGGGAGGCCGGCUAAGAUGAUCAUCGGUUGGUUCUUUGACCAGAUCUCAGCCGACCAGCGACCGACUGCCCCAGCAACGACCGCAGAAGAUCCGAAGUCGACCAUACCGAGGCGGUUUAGCAACGCUGAAAAGGCUCCGAACUCGAGCGUGAUUUCGUUGUCGGCGUAG